AUGGUUUUACACAACAAUAAAUGGGAUAAAAAGGCAAAGAGAAGGUAUUUGGCAAAGAAGAAGAAAGCAUUACUGAAUGAAAACUCAAAUAAAGAAUCUAAUGCCAACAAUCAAGCGAACGAUAUAAACAAUGCAGAUGAGGAGCAAACAAACGAUAAUCAAUCUGAUAAUCAAUCUAAUCAUGAUUCUGACAACAAGUCUGGCACUGAAGUUAAUAACGAUCUUGAUAAUGAAGUUGAUAACAGAGAUAUCCCUUUUGAAGAAGAUGAUCUUGAAGAAUCACUUCACUAUCUUUCUUUGGCUAAAUCCAAAAUCCAGACAAAAGUUGAAGGAGACUCGACGAUUAAAUCUCAAAUAGUGGGCAAAAAACCAAACAAAUAUGAAAAACGAAACCAAAUAAACAAAGCAAAAUUUGACUCUUAUGGUUCUAACCAGAAGAAAGCGAACGAUACCCACACUGUUUUAUCGAAAGAAGAGGAAGAGCACUUUGCACAACUACAAGAAAAAAUAAAAAGACAAAAGCUUCUCGACGAUCUCAAGAAGAAGUUCUCGCCUGUGGACAGUAGAAGUUCUGAAUUAGUGUUCAGGUCAAGAAACAAGUCAAAUGGUAAAGUGAUGAGACUUGAUUCGAAAUCCAAAAUAUUGGUUAAAGAUGACUCCAACGAAAAAAGGGACAGAGAGCAGAUCGAUUUGCUAAUCAGCGAGUCCUUGGCCAGUUCGCAGAAAGCCAGGAAACACGAGAACUUUGAGCAGGACUUGAAGGAUUUGUUGAAUGUGAACGUCGCCGGUGAGCGUCCCACAAGCAACAGAAGCACCAGCACUACAAGCCUGCUUGGGGCUGGUGCGCUUCCACAACAACCAGACCUGGACUUUUUGGACAAGCUCCUAAAUCUGAACCAGCACUGUGGGUCUCCUGCACAUCUCAGCAGCCGAACGUGCUCACCACCGCUUCGGCAAUUGCAGCACGUGCAGCAUGCGCAGCUCGAGGACCUUCUCCGGCCGUAG